UGAGGUUAUGAAUAUGUUGUACAGUUUCAGAUCCAGACUCUCUGAUUCAUCAUCAGCAAUGACUUAUGGAUUGUUUCAGAUCCUGCUGAUGAUCUCUUCUUUUUGUUUGAUUAAAGUGUCAAGUCAGCAAGAGACAAGGUUUGUCUAUGAAACUUUUAGUGGCCAAGAAAAUCUUUAUCUUGAUGGAUCUGCGAGAGUACUUCCCAAUGGAUUACUGCAGCUUACAAAUGCUUUAGAUCAUCAAAUGGCUCAUGUUUUCUACAAGGAAUCAAUUGGUCUCAGUUCCUUCUCAACACACUUCGUUUGCGCUCUGGUGCCUCAGCCAGGAUUUGAAGGUGGUCAUGGCAUGGCCUUUUUAGUAUCUCCUUCUAUGGAUUUCUCGCAUGCAGAGUCAACUAGAUACUUAGGGAUUUUCAACGUAUCAAAAAAUGGAUCUCCUUCUUCUCAUGUCCUUGCUGUUGAGCUUGACACUAUUUGGAAUCCAGAUUUUGAAGAUAUAGACCACAACCAUGUGGGGAUUGAUGUGAACAGUCCUCUGUCGGUUGGAAUAGCUUCAGCAUCUUACUAUUCCGACAUAAAGCAGAAGAACGAAAGCAUAAACCUCUUGAGUGGAAAACCAAUACAGGUUUGGGUUGAUUAUGAAGACAAUAUGCUCAAUGUAACGAUGGCUCCUUGUGAAGUCCAGAAGCCAAGUCGACCACUUUUGUCACAUCACAUCAAUCUUUCAGAAAUUUUCCCAAACAGAAGACUUUUCGUUGGGUUCUCUGCAGCAACAGGGACAGCUACCAGUUAUCAGUAUAUUCUUUCUUGGAGUUUUAGCACAAGAAGAGGAUCACUGCAGCGACUUGACAUCUCAAGACUCCCUGAAGUUCCUCAUCCUAGAGCUGAACAUAAGAACAUACCUCCACUGUUUAUUGUCCUGCUUGGUUUUAUUGCUAUCAUGGGCUUGUCUACUCUUAUUGGAAUGUAUUUUUUCAAGAGGUGCAAGUAUGCAGAAGUAACCGAAGCAUGGGAAAAGGAAUUUGGUGCACAUCGAUUCUCUUACAAAUCCUUGUACGAGGCAACAAAAGGGUUUAACAAGGAUGGAUUUCUUGGUAAAGGAGGUUUUGGAGAAGUCUACAGAGGAAAUCUCCUUUUAAGCAGAGAAAUAGCUGUGAAGAGAAUGUCACAUAAUGGUGAUCAAGGUGUGAAGCAAUUUGUGGCAGAAGUAGUGAGCAUGAGAUGUCUCAAACACAGGAAUCUUGUUCCACUUCUUGGAUACUGCAGGAGAAAGCAUGAGUUUCUUCUUGUCUCUGAUUACAUGACCAAUGGUAGUCUCGACGAGCAUUUGUUCGAUGACCAGAAACCAGUACUUUCUUGGCCACAAAGACUUGUGAUUAUUAAGGGUAUUGCAUCUGCUCUCUGUUACUUACAUACAGGUGCUGACCAAGUUGUUCUGCACCGAGAUAUCAAAGCUUCAAACAUUAUGUUGGAUGCUGAGUUCAACGGAAGGUUAGGUGAUUUUGGUAUGGCCAGCUUUCAUGACCAUGGAGGCAUCUCGGACUCAACAUGCGCUGUUGGGACUAUCGGGUACAUGGCUCCAGAGAUACUUCAUAUGGGAGCUUCCACUAGAACUGAUGUGUAUGCCUUUGGUGUUUUCAUGGUUGAAGUAACAUGUGGGAGGAGACCUGUGGAACCACAGUUGCAACUUGAGAAACGAAUUCUGAUGGAAUGGGUUUGUGAGUGCUGGAAAAGGGAGUCUUUGCUUGAUGCUAUCGACCCCCGGUUAUUGCAUGAAAAGUUCUCAUCCGAGGAAGUCGAGAUGGUUAUGAAACUUGGUUUGCUCUGCUCGAAUACCGUGCCAGAAUCCAGACCUACAAUGGAGCAAGUUGUCCUAUAUUUAAACAAGAACAUACCAUUGCCAGAGUUCUCACCAUAUACCGUGGGGAUUAGCAAUCAUUCUUCUGUUCUGAUUGAUGCAGGCUCUCUUGUAGCUUCAAGGAACUGGUCAGCUGCUUCAUCUGCCAAUAACUCACCUGAAUACAGUUCAGCCAUAGGGAAACACACUGGAAACUAAACUCUCACUCUCGGUUAUCAGAGGUGUAUACCUCAAUGUGUACAUAUCAGAAAGCAGAUAUAUUAUUAGCUCUCAAGAUUGUUUUAUCUGUCUCACUUUGUCCCAAUCAAUGAUUUUUUUCUGUUGGAAAUGCUAUAUUCUCCCAACCAAUAAAAGUAACUAACAUCUCCCUGUUACUGUAGUCAUUCAC